GUCGAGACCUGAGCCUUUGAGCCGCCAGCAUUUUGCCGUGAUAAACUCCGGUCCUGGCACCUCUGUUCUGCGUGACGGUGCGACUCUUCUCUCCUUGUGUGUCGCCAUCAGCAGCUGCACCAUGAGAAGAUGUCUUCCCGUUCCAAGGGAAGAUCCAACAGGGGAUAUCCCACGCAGUGGAGCGGGUGGGUGUGGAGCGAGGAGUACCAGCGUCACUACAGAUCUCGACUGAGGGGGCCCGAUGAUUACGAGUAUGAGUAUGAGAAAGAGCAGGCUCCAUCUGCACAAACGCCCAGAACACCCGCAGAAGGACCCGCCUUGGACCCUACUCCGGACAUUUAUCCUCAGCAGCAAAAUUAUACGACCAAGACAGCCGGAGCAGCUGAUGUCGAAUCCCUCAACCAAAGCUUUGCUCGUACCUCAAUCAGUCCCAGUGGUGGAGCAUAUGUGGCACCCUACACCGUGGGUCCCGCAUCCUACGGUCCCAGUACUGGAUCGCACCCAACUUCACCCUACGGCGGUGCUCCAUCGUAUAGCGCGGAAGCUUACACAUCACCGAGUACCGCUUGGCAAAACCAUAUCAGGACUAGAGAUCCUGAGACAGAUAGGGAAGAAUUUGAUCCACAUUACAAAGUACACCCGGCAUGGCAAUUCAAAUGGGGCAAGAUCUUCAAAGUCCUCUGGGCCGAGCCAAGGGGGGCAGGUGGAGAAGGCUCGGCAGGCGGGACAAGCGGGACAGGCUCUGUGACUGUGAGGAAGAAUGAAAGGGGAAAAGAAAUGUACGCCAAAGUUCGACGCUUUGUGAUUAUCAAGCCUAUGGAAGGCCAUUGCAUCUGCCUCCCAAUUUUGACCUACUCUGGUCAAGGUGUAAAGAAGAGAGGAGUCCAUGCUGAACACCAUGCUAUUAUUUAUAGCGGCAAGAAACCGGUGGCCUUCAGGGGAGAAAAAGAGAAGGGCCUUCAAAUGAGAUCAAUCAAAGUCACCCCCGACAAUCCGCGCCACAAGCUCGAUGAUGCCUCUCGGCUCAACUAUGCUAAAACUUAUACUGUGGAGUAUAACGUUAAAGUGUGGUUCAUAGCCAAAGUCUCUAGCGACUCUGAGUGGCAGAUCCGGACCGACUACAACCGAGUGCACCCUCCUCUUGAAAUCAAAGGAGUCCGCCCUGCUGAAACAGCAGAAGAUACAACCGAGCACGCGGGAGGCGGAACAUAUGUAGCCGGUUACACUGGCUACACUGCUCCUUACACAUCUGCACCGUACAGUUCCAGCUCUGCCUAUCCUCAGUCUUCUCAGCAGGGCAUGUACGACCACGCCCCAGAAAGCCACAGCACCUCCGCAGAUGGUUACACCAACUCGUACUUCCCCGCCAGCUCCUCAAACACUGGCUACAGCUCCGGUUCGUAUGGCUCAGGCGGGGCUGCAUACAGCACUGCAGACACCUCAACCGCAGCGGGCGGAUAUGGCACAUCAGACUAUUACGCCGGCGGCCAUGCUUCCUCACAAACCACCACUGGCUACGAAACCCGUGAGCUUCACUCGGUUCCCGAAGGACAAGAACAGUGGGGGAAUCCUCGACAAGAAGAACAGACUGACAGACGAGGUCAUGGUCAAGGCCGUAAAAAGCGCCAGGAUCAAGAACCUGAGCCUCGAGAUCAGAGCCGUAGACGGCGUGGGGACCCUGAACAUAACCCUGAGCCUGAGGAAGAAGACUACCCCGAGGAACCGACCGUACCUCCUGGGGAUGAUGAUCUAUAUGACUGAUAGAUUUGAAACAAAACAAGAAUGCAACAAAGACCAACAUUCAACCGUAUUGACUACGUUUUGGUGCUGCUACUUGGUUAGCAGCACCAUCAAGCCAUGGCACAUGGUAUAUGUUCAAGGACUCCCGCCUUGGCGAGCUCCUUCUACUUGAACACUCCACU